AUGAAUUUGAACAGAGCAGAAAUGGAGCAGCUUUUCCUCUCUGGUGACGUUGAUCGCAACAGUGAAUUGGACGGGGAUGAGUGUAUUCCAAUGAGAGCUGCUCUUCAGAAAAAACUCAAGGAAAAGGGAGAGGCGCUCUUCAAAAAGUAUGAUACGGAUAAUGAUGGAAAGCUAUCUGAGAAUGAGGCCAGCCAGUUAGCACAAAAUGAGUUUGCACUUCCAGAUGAUAUCACAAAACAGUUUGCAUUGUCCGAUCAGAACGCGGACCACUCGAUCUCUCCUGAAGCAGAAAUGUCCGAACUUAUGUUGAACCUUAGAGUGAAGCAGGUCGCCAACGAAGGAGCAAAUCUAUCAGUAGGCAAAUAA